AUGCCAUCAGAACACCCCCUCCCGCCCGCUCACGACCUACAACCCCAAGAACAACCCCAGGGCCAGAUCAAGUUAUGCUCUGCGUGUCACUGCCCGCUUUCUGCCGACUCUCCAAACACGCCCUUCCUCCUCCACGAUUCUGUUGACUCUAGCGACACCAGCAUCGUUUGCGGGCCAUGUCGUGCCCGCUUCCUGCCUCCGUCGGGUUUAUACGCCGACAUGGAGCGAGAGCUGCUGCGUCGUGCGGCUUCCCUGCAAGACGACCGCAACGAGGCUUCCGCCUUGCACCAGGACACACUCAAUCAUGCGAUACGCUCUGCCCAUCCGUCUUGCCCUGACGCAGAUGCAAAUAUGGAUAUCCCGUCCCACCCCCCGCCGUCCGCCACGUCCGACCCUAUCGUGUUGCUCGCCCUCCCGGCCGCGCAAGCGCCUUCUUUUGUAUCAUCAGGACGUCCCCUCGUACCGCCAAUUGACACCAAGUCGCUCAUCCGGUCACAAGUGAGUCGGACGUCCCAUCCUACCCAAACUCUGGCCAGCUCGCUGGCGUCAGCAUCGCGCAAUAAGUCCCGAGCCAAAGCGCCCGAAGAUACUUAUCCAGACCCCCUUCUCGACAUUACUCAUUUGCGAGUGCGCUCGCAGGGACAUCAUUGCCUCUAUCCUGGCGCUACUUUUAAGGGUACUCAGAAGAGUGGGAGGAAUAGCUAUGAUGUCAACGUCACCAUUGUGGAUGUCGACUUUUCGUCUUCACAUCUAUGUGGAUACCUUCGCAUCCGUGGACUCACAGACGAUUGGCCGGAGCUCACCACGUAUUUCGACGCGCAGAUCAUUGGCAGUCGUUAUGGGUUUUUGACACAGAACUGGGGCGCCAGUGAGCAGGAGGAUAUGGUGCAUUGGGCCCGCUUUCCUGCUUUCCGACAUGUCAAACCCGAGUUGAAAAGGCCAAAUUUGACGAUGAACGAUGCGAAUCGGGGGGCAGUGUUUAUGAGGUGGAAGGAGAAGUUUCUGGUUCCUGAUCAUCGUGUUCAGGAUAUCAAUGGUGCGAGCUUUGCAGGUUUCUAUUAUGUUUGUGUGGAUUUCAACCCUCAACAGUCGGCGUGUACGCAGCCACUCGCCUCACCCGAGACGCUGGCACAACCUUCUUCCCCACAAGCAGCCAUCAAACCUGAGCUCAGUCCCCGCGCUCGCCGGACUUCGACAACCCAGGGUACUAGACAGAUGUCCCUUGCGCAAUCUCGUGGAUUCCCUGCCGUUCCUGUUGCGACGAUGAGUGGUUUCUAUUAUCACCAGAACUCGGAGCCGUGA